UUUUUCUGCCAAGGUGCUCAGAUCUGCUAAUUAGAGAUGGACUUUUAUCGAUAACUCGGAAUGUAAUCAAAGCAUUUCGGAGAACGCCAAAUUUUUAUUUAAAUUCGUUUUUCUUAAACUAAAAACAGUGCAUUGAUUGAUUUAAUAAUGUAAAUCCGCGUGUGAAUCGAUAAAGGACAUUCGGAAAUAAAAUUAAACCCGAAAUGCUUUGAGAAACAUCCUUAAAACCCAAAAAUUACACUCUAACGGUAAAUGGUCCUUGUCCAAAAGGACGCCAUUCUCGGUGAGGCUCCUGGAGGCGUCUUUGAGGCACCUGUGGACAUCCUGGCCCAUAAACAUGUCGCAGAGUAGUUGCCGUAUUUGCUCGAGUCCGGAGACUAACUUUGAUCUGUUUUCUCCAAAAAAUGGACAUCUUUUGCGACAAAUUCGCUCCAUAACCGGAGUGGAGAAUUAUGUCCAACAGUUGAUCCAGAACCAGGACUGGCCAGGCUGGAUGUGCCAGGCAUGCAUGGGGGACUUGGAAGGAGCCAUAAGAUUCCGUCGUCGUUGCAUUCUUUCCGAAAAGCAACACCUGGAGAGGCAAACAUCCAGUUCCCUGGAGCCAGAGCCUCCAGAAGCCAUACAAGAGGAUGUCCUCCAGCCAGAAGACAAUGCCCUGCAUGAGAUGAAGCCCCCCUUUGCAUGCCGCCACUGCCCGAAGAGCUUCUUCACCCAAAAAGAACUCUCUGCCCAUCGCAUCGUACACCGGGAUCCGGGCAACAAAGACACUAUGAUUGACCUGACUUGUGGCACUUGCGGCAAGGUCUUUCAACGCCGGCACGCCCUGGAGUAUCACAUGAGCGUCCACACUGGUGCUAGGAACUUUCCCUGCCCCCACUGCCCGGCGCGCUUUUCCCAGCGCUGCAAUCGCGAAACUCAUGUCCGGAACACUCACCUCAAGCUGCGUCAGUUCGCCUGUCCGGAGGGUGGAUGCGGACGGAGAUUUGCCCGGCGUCGAGAGCGCGACCAGCACGUGAAGUCGAUCCAUCAACGAGAACGGGAUCUGAUCUGUGAGGUGUGCCAGACGGCCUUCAGUCAUCCUGUCAACUACAAGAAGCACCUGCUGACGCAUGCCUCGGUGAAGUCGUUUGGCUGCCACAUAUGUGGCAAGUCGUUUAGUGCUCCAGAGAACCGGGACGUCCACUUGUUCGUGCACAGUGUCUGCAAGGCGUACGAGUGCUCGGUUUGCGGGGCGGGCUAUAUGCGGAGGCAGCAACUGAUCCGGCACAGUGCCGCCAGUGGGCACAAGAAUGAGAAUAUAAGGCGACAGAAGCCGCAGUUUAGUGCCGUCUUUACCCAAAGACCAAUCCAAGCUAUUAAGUCUGUGGAAGUGGAGCUGCCACUCGUAGAGGAGCUUGGUUCUCCAGAUCUUCAGUUCUUUAAAGAGUUGGAAGAGUUUCGAGUGGAAGAGAGCACUCCCAGUUGAUACUUUCAACAGGUAUGGAAGUAAUUAAGGGGUUAACACCAUUAACUAUUAAUUACUAAACAAAAAAAUGAAAAGAUAAUCGCAAGGCAGCUGUCUUGCUUCUUUUCGUGAAAAACGAGGGCAAUAUUAUAAUUUUAAAUACAAUUUAUUAGCUUUUUUAAGCUCUAAAAUGGAUAAUUUAGUUUAAGAAAUAUUUUUGAAAAGUUUUUAAAACAAAAAAAUAGGGGUAUAAUAUUAAUCAAGCUUUAAAUGAAUAAAAAAAAUAACAAAAAUAUUACCACAUGCUAAGCAUGAAAAUAAAAAACAUAAAAAAGCCAAGCAACUGACGAAUAAAAAGUGAAUGUCGCCGUUGCACUUAAAAAAAAAAAAGUAAAAAUAAAUAAAAAUUUUAAAUGAAAAGUA